CCAUGCCCAAAAGUGUGACUCACGAAAUGGAGGCUCGUCACGAAUAGACCGUAACCGAUAGUAUUUGCGUCAUUCAUUCCGCUUGUCACAGUAUCCUGCUUGCUAAACACCACCAUCGGUUCAUUUGCUGUGUAUAUAUCAUCACCCUAUCGCACUCACGCUGAAAAGUACUGUAUCAAUAUUGAAUCGCGAUGCCUAUCCAGCAACCCUCAAAUCAAAUAAAGCUCACAAAUGUAUCUAUCGUACGCUUGAAGAAGGGUGGUAAACGGUUUGAGAUUGCCUGCUACAAAAAUAAGGUGCAAGAAUGGAGAAACGGAGUAGAAACGAGUUUAGAUGACGUCCUCCAAAUUUCGAAUGUCUUCAUGAAUGUAUCCAAAGGCGAGGUUGCCAAGUCUAACGAUCUUCAAAAAGCAUUUGGGACAUCUAAAGUAGACGAUGUCGUCAAGGAGAUCCUUAAGAAAGGCGAAGUUCAAGUUGGAGAGAAAGAACGCGAUCACGAUCUUGCUUCCCUCCGCAAGGAGAUCGCUACACUGGUCGCUGAGAAAUGCGUCGAUCCGGCGACUCAACGUCCAUAUCCUGUCGGAAUGAUCGAAAAGGCUAUGGCUGAAGCAGGUGUGAGUGUAAAAGCGGGAAAGAAUGCUAAGAGUCAAGUGGCGGAAACGCUGCGACUCAUCCAGGGUCACUCAACACUCCCAAUUCAACGUGCUAGGAUGCGGGUACGCGUUGUUGUCCCGGCCGCCGAAGGGGAGCGUCUGCAGGAACAGCUUCGUGCGUUGGCUGAGACGGUCGAGAAAGAAGAAAAGGGGGAAAGUUGGGAAACUGUUAUGCUGAUCGAGCCCUCGCAAAUCCGCGGAAUAAACGAACUGCUGCAGAAGGAGUGUAAUGGAAAAGGGCGCGUUGAGACCCUAACCUUUGCUGCAACCGCUGACAACAACUAAAUCAUCGAUUAUCGGAUCGGUGUAUCCUCGCGACAAUUACAUCUAACGACUGUAAUGCAUUGUUGUCAUUAUCACGUCGUAUGUAAUCUCACAUUCAUGGGUGAUUUUGUCCUUAGCAGAUCUUAUUGCUCACAAAGUUGAUUCUAAUUCCAAAAGCCAAUAUGAAGUUCUUGCUGUUCUUGGCUUUGUCGUGAGAACACCUUGUAGUCAUCCAAAUAUCGGAUACAAAGAUAUUUUGCUUGGUUCGUCAUGUUCAUUGGGUGCCUUGUCAUUUUGCCCGUUGGUAAGGAAAGUCUGCAAGGAUAAAGUUAGUUUUUCCGGUUCCGUAGCAAAUAAGCCACCGUCGUCCGCCAGGCUUCUGCGAUAGUAUAUUUAUACUGACAGUGUUCUACGAAUGCAUGUUUAUGG